AAGGGCACUAAAGCUGACGCACGACUCUGACUGCGGUGAAGAUGACUUGGAGGCGAAUCUAAAGCUCCAACAAGUUGCUCAGAGUCAUUCACUGCGGGUGCUGAAAGGAGAGAUGAAAAGCAGCAACGAGCGUGCGUUGUCACUCCUCUUUCCAUCAUUUGCUGCCCACGGUGAAUAGCGGCGCGGCUGCUGCUGCGCACAAACACAGAGACCCACGCGUGCGCUCCCUCCAAUCCACACGUUUUCAGCUCUAUCUCGUUCAUUCCGGUUCCAGUGACCAACCGGCGGUGACAGAACACAGCUCUGUGAACAUCACCAUUCAGCAAUGCCUUAUAACGAGCAUUAGUGGCAGUAGGAGAAAUGUGUGGCUGACAGGUGCUAUGGUCAAGCUGCUGCGCUAGGCUAGGGGCGAAGAAAGCGGAAUGAAAACAGAGGUGGCGGGGCUUUCUCUCCUCAGUCAAGUGGAUUGUUAAAUGUUCCUUUCUCUUCCUUUGACGAACAUGCUUUAUUUUCAGCUGGUGAUCAUGGCGGGGACGGUCAUGCUGGCAUACUACUUCGAGUACACGGACACGUUUAACGUGCACGUCCAAGGGUUCUUCUGCUAUGACAAUGCCUACGCGAAGCCGUACCUCGGACCGGAGGAGUCCAGCGCGAUCCCUCCCGCUCUACUGUAUGCGCUCGUGGCAGGGGUCCCAACACUUGUGAUCAUGAUCUCAGAGACCGUCCUGUUCUUGAUACAAUACUCGUCCAAAGAGCUGGACAGUCAGGAGAAGACCAUGCUGACAGGAGACUGCUGCUACCUCAACCCUCUGGUGCGCAGGACCUUUCGCUUUCUGGGAGUGUACACGUUCGGGCUGUUCACUGUGGACAUCUUUGUAAACGCGGGCCAGGUGGUGACGGGCAACCUGUCCCCCCACUUCCUGACGGUGUGUAAGCCCAACUUCACGGCCCUGGGCUGCCAGCACGCCCUCCGCUACAUCAGCCACCAAGAGGCCUGUACCGGGAACCAGGAGGAUAUCCUGCGUGCACGUAAAACCUUCCCCUCCAAAGAGGCUGCUCUCAGCGUCUACGCAGCUCUCUAUCUUGCGAGUUACAUCACGUGCACGGUGAAAGCCAAAGGGACGCGGCUAGCCAAGCCUGUGCUGUCCCUGGGUCUGAUGUGUCUGGCCUUCCUCACAGGACUCAACAGAGUGGCUGAGUAUCGGAACCACUGGUCUGAUGUCAUCGCUGGCUUCAUCAUAGGACUGGCCAUCGCUACCUUCCUGGUAGUGUGUGUGGUGCAUAACUUCAAAGGCAAGCUGUUGCUCAGUGAAGACCCCCCGCAGGACAACAUGCCUAGUGCUCCCAUGAUGAACAUGUCCAGAGUGGAGAGCCCACUGGAGAAGUACAUCGCCUCGCAGAAUCACAUCACCUUCGCUGAAGUCACAUGACGUUGAAUCGUCCGUUUUGCAAACCCAUUGGACAUCAACGCUCUUCACCGUCCAAUCAAAAAUGUAAUAGUCGGGGUGCAACGCUAACUCAUUAUGUACGGCUACUGUAUAAGGUCUGUCUGUGUUGUUGUCUUGUCAGUCCCUGUAUCAUAUCCUAUGCCGCAGUCAUGUAAAAACUCCUCAAUAGCUUGAUGGGAAGCUCUUUGCUGUGUUUCUCCAUGUGUUUACUGCAUUUAUUUCAUCUAUUUUUGGACUUAAUCCCUAAAUGAGGAAAAUUGACCUGAUUCAACUUGAAUUAACUCGACUUGUCAUUAUAAGCAGAAAUGCUGACACGCUGUGAUCCAGAUGCCACUUUAUACUGUAGAAGAGAGGACUUCAUCAUGGAAGUGACUGAUAACUUUUUUCCACAAUGUUGGUCAGAUAUGUUCUUAUUCAUUCUGCCAUCGCUUCAUGUAAAUUAUAUUUCAUCAUUGGACUCUAUUUUGUGUACAAUAAGCAUUGUUACAUUAUCAGUAUCCUAAAUAAUGGGAAGCUAGGGAGCAUUAUUUUUCUCAAAUGUAGCCUACUGUAUGUUGUGUUGAAUUUGUAGAUUUGUAGAUUGAAAAAUGUCCCUGUUGCCACAUACAGGGACAUAUAUUUCAACCCCAGACUAUGAGAAAUGCAAACCAAUGAUGUUGGUUAGACUUUGAUUCAUGUUGCUUCAUUUUUAUUCAUGUCGCUUGACUUUUAUUCACGUCGCUUCAUGUGGCAGUUCCUAAAGCUGAUACGCCAUCACUUGGAGCUCGAAGAGGGGUUGGUUGUCAUCUGUGUGUCAGCGUGCCUCCUCUCUCUCUCUCUCUCUCUCUCUCUCUCUCUCUCUCUCUCUCUCUCUCUCUCCUUCUCUCUCUCUCUCUCUCUCUCUCUCUCUCUCUCUCUCUCUCUCUCUCUCUCUCUCUCUCUCUCUCUCUCUCUCUCUCUCUCUCUCUCUCUCUCUCUCUCUCUAUUCAGCUCUCUCUCUGGUGUGGAAGGGAUACAGUGAAUGGAGCACAAUGUCGCUAAUCGUUUAGUAAUUACUUUAAGUCUAUUGUUGAUACAUAUGAACGCAUGUGACAGGGAACUGUGUCACUGUCUCACAGGCCAAUAUUGAGAUUUGUUGUGUUAUGGUGAAACGUCAUUGUCUUACUAUGAUUCUCUCAGAUAUUCAUGUAUGUAACUGAGGUUCAACAAUACCACAUCUGUCACUGGUGAAAUUUGAAAAGGGUCUUUCGUCCUAAGACACCUCAGAGUAUGCAGGAAAAGAAAACUGCACUUUGCGAUGCAAGCUGCGAUUCGAUCGACCAACCCCAUUCAAUGCGAAAAUAGUUUUAAGAGGAGCAAUAACAUUCAUUUUCUGACUGUUUUGCCCAUGAGUAGAGAAGAGCAGAGCAUAAUAUUGAUGUCCCCAUUAUGUUGCCCCUGAAAUCUAUAUUUUUGUAAUGAUCACUAAAGCACUGAACUAUCAUAAAGGACACAACAACACAGGAACAUGAUAACAGCAGCACUUUAAAAUCAAGCUUGACUCAGAAACGCAGGCAAGAUGGCCGCCCAUACCGCUGCUGCUUGGAAAAUAUACGUAAUUAUGUCUAGAACAUUCAGGAUUUGUAAAAUCUGCUAACAUGUGCAUUGCAAGACCUAACGGUUAGUGUUAUUAUAUUCAAAUGAUGGAAAAAGUGAACUGUAUAAAAUGUAUACAUACUGUAGGUCAAUAUCCUUCUGUCAGACAUUAUGGCUGUCUAUUUUCUUAUGGUUGUGCACUGUAUGUAUGUGUGUGUUUGUUCACAAAAGGUACAGUACAUGUGUUAAUGGACUAGUAUUACUUUAACAUAGCUAUACCAUGUUAUACAAGUGCACAUGACUAUGUUCUGUUUUUUUUAUACUUUGACUUUAAUAUUUCCUCUAUUUAUGUUGUAUUACAACCUCUACUACAUACUCAGAACUUUUUGUUACACUACAAACUCAUACAUUUAGUUAAACUACAUACUCAUACACUUGGUUACACUACAUACUCAUACAUUUGGUUACACUACAUACUCAUACAUUUGGUUACACUACAUACUCAUACAUUUGGUUACACUACAUACUCAUACAUUUGGUUACACUACAUACUCAUACAUUUGGUUAAACUAGACUCAUACGCUUGGUUACACAAGAUACUCAUACAUUUGGUUA